AUGCUUAUUCCUCCUACCUUUGAUUACUUUGGCGAUACAGUUAGUAUAAUUUGCUUAAUAGUUGUUAUAUUUUAUAGCAGUUUUUGUUGGAUCAAUAAGUAUAUCCCAAUUAACUAUGGAAAGCAGCUCAAAUCUUUCUUCAACUUUAACUUAGGAAAAAUGUCAUGGUUCUUUUUUGAAGUUCCUAAUUUGAUUAUUGCAGGAUGGUUUAUGACUUAGUAUACAGAUAAUUUAGUAAAUUAUGUUAUGCUUUUACCUUUUAUUAUUCACUACAUAAAUAGAAGCAUCAUUUAUCCUAUGACUCUGCAAAAUAACACAAAGCCUAUACCUAUCGAAGUAUGUCUAUUUGCUACAAGCUUUACUACAUGCAACUCGUAUCUCUAAGCUAAGAGCAUUCUUUCAGUAUAAGAAAGUAAAUUUAGUGAUCUGUUUAAGUGGAAUGUUCUCCUAGGAUAUUUAAUUUUUAUAUUUGGUAUGUAUAUCAACAUCAAAUCAGAUAGAUAUCUUUAAUCCCUCAAAAAGAAUUUAAGUACUGCAAAUAGCAAAACUGGAGAGAAAAAGAAUUAUGUUAUCCCAAGAGAAGGUUUCUUUGUAUAUGUUUCCUAAGCUAAUUAUUUUGGUGAAAUAGUAGAAUGGGUUGGAUUUGCAAUACUUUAAACUCAUUCAUAAAUGCCCUGGCUCUUUGCAAUCUCCACAUUGUCUAUUUUAUCUUCAAGAGCAUUAGAAUCACAUAAAUGGUAUCAAUAAACAUUUAAAGAAUACCCUAAAGAAAGAAAAGCUGUUAUUCCUUUUAUAUUAUGA